CCCGUAUCCACCAUGAACAGCAAAGGUCAAUAUCCAACGCAGCCAACCUACCCUGUGCAGCCUCCUGGGAAUCCAGUAUACCCUCAGACCUUGCAUCUUCCUCAGGCUCCACCCUACACGGAUGCUCCACCUGCCUACUCAGAGCUCUAUCGUCCCAGCUUUGUGCACCCGGGGGCUGCCACAGUCCCCACCAUGUCAGCUGCAUUUCCUGGCGCCUCUCUGUAUCUUCCCAUGGCUCAGUCUGUGGCUGUUGGGCCUUUAGGUUCCACAAUCCCUAUGGCUUAUUAUCCAGUUGGUCCCAUCUAUCCACCUGGUUCAACUGUGCUGGUGGAAGGUGGGUAUGAUGCAGGCGCCAGAUUUGGAGCUGGGGCUACUGCUGGCAACAUUCCUGUAGAAGAAGAUGAAGAUCACAACUGA